AUGAGCAGGGCUUUGCACCUAAUUUCUAAGUUACCUUUUGCACGUAGGAUUGAAGGAGGAAAACUUUCUUGGCGAUUUACUCAGCCAACAUUUAUCAUGUAUAAUGGUAGAAUAGACCUUGUGGAGCAUGUCAGCCACUUCAACCAAAGAAUGACUGUUCACUCAAAGAAUGAAGCCUUGAUGUGCAAGGUGUUCCCAUCUAGCCUAGGGCCGGUGGUGAUGAGAUGGUUUGAUGGGUUGAAGGAAGGUUCGAUUAACUCCUUUAAAGAGCUCACUAGAGCGUUUGGGGCUCACUUUGUUACUUGCAAUAGGGUUCCUCGACCUUUGGAUUCUCUACUAUCCAUGAUCAUGCAAGAGGGAGAAACCCUGAAGACGUACUCUAACAGGUACUUGGAAAUGUGCAAUGAGAUAAAUGAGAAUUUUGAUGAUGUGACUAUAAGGACUUUCAAGGUUGGCCUGCCUAUCGAGCACAACUUGAGGAAGUCUUUGAUGAGGAAGCCUGUUAGGAGUGUACGCUAA